UUCAAGACAGAUCUCAGUUUCCUUUUACUCAUACUUUCGAUAGUAAAUAAAGGUGUAAGAAACAAAAUCCGUACACAUUGAUUGCUAAAUUCUUAGUAAAAAGUAAAAGCUAUACAAAGACUAUGGAAGAACUCGUAGAGAUUGGAGCCCCGUAUCUGUACAUUAUGGGCAUUCCCGCUGAGCUUUACCGACACUGGGAAUACGUGGGGGGAUUUCUGAGCCAAGAGGAAUUCGAGGAGCAUUUCAAUGAACCUAAUCUGGAAAUUGUUUCUUUGCAACAGAUGAAUCCGCACGAAGUGAAUAGCGACUUUCAGGUGGUGCCCUCGCCACCAGAAAAUCCUGAGGAACCUCCCAUUGAUCUAACUGCUGCUGGCGAUGGACUCCAUGUCAUUCCACAGCCAUCGGAUGAUGGCGAUCCGGCAUGGAUCAUCUUUCGUCCCUCCAGACGGUCAACUCAUCGAAUGCCUUGGUUCAGUUUGGGGCGUCUAGUGCCGGCGAUCAUUGCGUUCUUCAAUGCUCUCUUCAAAAAAAUGGUGUCCCUCUUGGGAUUUGCAUGAAUCAAGUAUAUUUCCUCUGCCUGUCCAUUCAAUGAUGCAAAGCUUACUGCCCACUGCAUUACAUUCUAAUAAAAUGUAUUUUGUGUAGUGUU